GCGGGGCCAGGCCGCGGCCCCGGCGGCGACGCGGAAGGGGCGACACCGCCCGGGCGGGAGCCGCCGCGUUACCGGAGCGGCCGCGGGUCGGCAGCCCCGCCGGGCAUGUCCCCGCCCGGGCCCGGGCCCGCAGAAGCGGCCUCCCGCGUUAGGGAGGCGGCGGGCAGGGACCCGCUGGCCGCCGACCUGCGCUGCAGCCUGUUCGCCGCCGCGCUGCAGAGCUACAAGCGCGACUCGGCGCUCAGGCCCUUCCCGGGCCGCUACGCGGAUGGUGACAACAAGGACUUCGAGGGGCUGCUUGCAGAUACCAAGGCUCUUCCAAGCCUGAAAGAGCUUCUGGAGUCUGUGCCAAACACAGAGAAAAGGACCUGGGAUUUGUUUAGUUGGAUUUUAUCAUCUAAGGUCUUCAUGAUACAAAGUACUAAGAAACAGGAGUACGAGAAGAUCCAAGAACUCACAGGGAUGUCUGGGGCUGUGGUUCCCGCUCCAGACUACCUCUUUGAGAUCAUGUAUUGUGAUCAAACCAAUACCAAGUUUGCUGAGACCAAGGGAGAGCGGGACCUCAUCUAUGCCUUCCAUGGGAGCCGCCUGGAGAACUUCCAUUCCAUCCUGCACAACGGCCUGCACUGCCACUUGAACAGGACAUCCCUGUUUGGUGAAGGCACAUAUCUCACCAGUGACCUGAGCCUGGCUCUCCUUUAUAGCCCCCACAGCCUUGGUUGGCAGCGAAGUGCGUUGGGCUCUGUCCUUAGCUGCGUGGCUGUUUGUGAGAUCAUUGACCACCCAGAUGUAAAGUGUCAGGUGAAAAAGAAAGAUUCAGAAGAAAUAGACAGAAAAAGAGCAAGAGUGAGAAACAGCGAAGGGGGUGAUGUACCACAGAAGUACUUCGUUGUCACAAACAAUGAGCUUUUACGAGUUAAAUACUUGCUGGUAUAUUCACAGAAGCAGCACAGGAGGCCUUCUAGUCAAUCUUCCUGGUUUCACACCCACCGUUUUGCCGUAAUGAUGAUGCUGUACCUACUGCUGCUCAUAGUGAUAGGGGCCAGUAACUCGCCAACCUUCGUCUACUACUGGCACAGAAUGUUUCACUCGGAGAGAUGAAUUGCCCAAGGUGAUAAACUGUUCUUUUCACCACGUGCCUUAAUAAUAGCCAAUCUGCAAUGCACUGUCUCUGUUCCAGAGCUCUGGAAAUACAGGUGCCUGGAACUUUCCAGUUCUGCAACCAGUAUAUUAUCCUCAUGGCAUCUUUCCAUUUAUUCUUAUUUCUGUGUUCCUGUGAUUUACGAGGAUGCCCAGUCCAGCUGAAAAGGAUCACAGUGGUGCAGCUUAGCACGAACCAGUUAUUAAGGGUCCAUGGGAAAAAAGCGAUUUAAAAUUAAUGAAAACUAAGCAUGGAAACACUCAGGUGUAACUUUUCUGUCAAACUGAGGUAUGUUUGCACAAGUAUGGAGGGAGGAUUUUUCUGUAUGUCAGGCAAAGCAACCUGUAGAGAGUCUUACCAGUUUGUUUUCAGAAGCUGAAUUUAGUGAUGUUUAGCAUGUAUCAGUGCAGAUGGGAUCACUGUUUAAACUUUUAAAACUAAACUUUGGCUUUGGCCAGGAAUUUUUGUAUGAGAGCGUAAUGAUUGUAACAAAGCAAAAGAAAUAAAACAACCACCAAAAUGGAAGAAGUUA